GUCAGGGGGAGGAGAGGCAAGGGAGUGGAGCGAGAAGACGACAGGAGGAGAUCCACAGGGUGACCAGUUUAAGCGGACCAUCCUCGGACAGGCUUCAUGGUCCUCCACCCUGGCCGCUCCGACCGACUACCACCACGGAUCGGAUCGCGCGCUGCGGUGCUGUCGGCGAAUAGACACAGAAGAUGAUCACGCAGACCCAGCAGAAGCCUUGGAGAUAGGCCUGGCAGCAGAGACUGGUCUUCUCAUUAACCUUGGUCUCUGAUCACUGACUCUGGCAUAAACAUCUGGAGCGUUCUGAAGUGGCCGCUGCACCUUUUGACCUGAUCCAGUCAUUUCCACGCUGCCGCCCUGCAGUGUGGCCUCUACAUACCCCUCAAUUCUUCAAAAUAUCAACCAGAGGGAUAAAUGAGUGAACCGACUGGAAGAAAAAGGGCUGGGACAUGUACCAGAACCCAAACAGAAUGUCCUGGUUCAGUGGUUUCCUAGUCGCCAGAGUGGAUGACCGCAAGACUGCGUGGGGGGAGCGCAAUGGCAAGAAGUCCAAACGGAAGGGAGGCUCAUCUCUCUGCAACCCACGUUACAUGAGCUGUCUGCGGGACCCAGAUGCUAUGGAGCCCCCCUCUGGAGCCCCCCUCCAUCAGCACCACCGCGGAGGGGUGGCGGGGGCAGUGGGAGGUGGUGGCAACUUUGGUGUCCGUUGCGGAUGGCAAGAGGACCACUAUGGCAAAAGGGGAGGGGCCCCCGGAGAAGGGGUGGGGCUGAAAUCGGUCGACUUGGGUUUUGAGGAUGGAGAAUUAAAAGGGAGGAAAGGGGGAUGUAACGGAGGAAGUGGGGACAUGGGUGAUGAGGGUCCCAAUGGCGCAGCAGGGGUGGUGACGGCUGCGGACUGCUGGCUCAGGGUGGUGCGAGUGUUCCAGUCGAAAAAAUUCCAGUCUCGUAAACUGGAGCGCCUUUACCAGCGUUACUUCUUUAGGCUGAACCAGAGCUCCUUGACAAUGCUAAUGGGGGUCCUGGUGAUCGUGUGCGGCAUCAUGCUGACCUUCCACUGUGUCCACGCCCCCCCUCACGUGGCCUACUCGUCAGCCCUUUCUGUGGCAAUGGCCCUCUUCAUGGCUCUAAUGGUAGUGUGCAACCGCAACGGCUUCCACCAGGACUACAUGUGGAUGGUCAGUUACCUGGUGAUUGGCGUCUUGGUGUCGGUACAGGUGUUCGGGGUGCUCAUGGUGGCCCCUCGGAGUGCUUCAGAAGGCAUCUGGUGGUCUGUGUUUUUCAUCUAUAUCAUCUACACACUGCUGCCUGUGAGGAUGAGAGCGGCAGUGCUAAGUGGAGCGGUGCUGUCCGUCAUACAUGUGGUCACCACCUGGCAGAUCAACCAGGAAGACAAGUUCCUCUGGAAACAGGUGAGCGCUAACGUCCUGAUCUUCCUCUGCACUAACAUCAUUGGAAUCUGUACCCACUACCCCGCUGAGGUUUCCCAGAGACAAGCCUUCCAGGAGACCAGAGGAUACAUCCAGGCCAGACUACACCUACAGAGGGAGAAUCAACAACAGGAACGUCUGUUGCUUUCAGUGUUGCCAAGGCACGUUGCCAUGGAGAUGAAGGCUGACAUCAAUGCCAAGAAGGAAGACAUGAUGUUCCAUAAGAUCUAUAUCCAGAAACAUGACAAUGUCAGUAUUCUCUUUGCAGACAUCGAGGGUUUUACCAGCCUGGCGUCUCAGUGCACGGCUCAGGAGCUGGUCAUGACACUCAAUGAACUCUUUGCCCGUUUCGACAAACUGGCAUCAGAGAACCACUGUCUACGCAUUAAAAUUUUGGGUGAUUGUUAUUAUUGCGUGUCGGGGCUGCCUGAACCCCGGGCUGACCACGCCCACUGCUGUGUAGAGAUGGGCGUAGACAUGAUCGAAGCCAUUUCGCUCGUGCGAGAGGUGACGGGGGUUAACGUCAACAUGCGUGUGGGCAUUCACAGUGGACGUGUGCACUGCGGCGUGCUGGGACUCAGGAAGUGGCAGUUUGAUGUGUGGUCAAAUGACGUCACACUGGCCAAUCACAUGGAGGCGGGAGGCAAAGCAGGGCGAAUCCAUAUCACUAAAGCCACCCUCCAGUAUCUGAACGGAGAUUAUGAGGUGGAGCCUGGCUUUGGUGGUGAGAGGAACGCAUAUCUGAAGGAGAACAGCAUCGAGACAUUCCUGGUCCUUGGAUGCAGCCAGAAACGGAAGGAGGAGAAAGCGAUGAUGGCGAAAAUGCAGCGGACGAGGGCCAACUCUAAUGAGGGGCUGAUGCCACGCUGGGUCCCCGACAGAACCUUCUCCAGGACCAAAGACUCCAAAGUCUUCAGGCAAAUGGGGAUUGACGAGGCCUCCACUAAAGACAACCGUGGCGUUCAGGAGGCCAUGAACCCAGAGGACGAGGUAGAUGAAUUUCUGGGACGAGCCAUUGACGCUCGCAGCAUCGACCAGCUACGAAAAGACCAUGUUAAGAAAUUCUUGCUCACCUUCCAAACCUCCAGCUUGGAGAAAAAGUACUCCAAGAAGGUGGAUGAUCGUUUUGGAGGCUACGUUGCCUGUACUUUACUAGUAUUCUGCUUCAUAUCCUUCAUACAGAUUGUUAUUUUCCCACACACCCCAGUCAUGCUGGGAAUCUACAUCAGUAUCUUCAUCAUACUCGCCAACAUCCUGUUCAUCUGUGCCAUAUAUUCUUGCAUCAAGCUCUUUCCAGGUGCAAUGCAGACUGUUUCAAAAAAGAUUGUCCAGUCUCGCACCAACAGCACCCUGGUUGGAGUAUUUACCAUCCUCCUUGUCUUCAUCUCUGCCUUUGUCAAUAUGUUUGCCUGUGACACUCGGAGCUUGGCGGAAUGCGUUGCUGAGAAGCUGAACACAUCUGCAGCCUCAGUGACGCCGUGUCUGAUCCGCAGCUUGAAUGUGUCCGUUGAAGGGGGUCUAGAAAUCUGUCCCAGCCAAGGCCCCUCCUGUCCCUUUCCUGAGUAUUUCAGCUACAGUGUGCUGCUGACGCUGCUGGCCUGCUCAGUGUUUCUGCAGAUCAGCAGCAUAGGGAAGCUGGCCCUCAUGCUGCUCAUCCAGCUCACCUUCCUGCUGCUGGUGGAGUGGCCACAAGUAGCACUAUUCGACAACGCAGACCUCUUUGUCACCUCUAAUGCCAUUGAUUUAAAUGAAACUAGUGCUCAAUGGUCCAGUUUCAAUGAAACUACUUACCAGUGCCCAUUUGGUGUGACCAAAGUGUCCCUGAGGGUCAUGACUCCAGUGAUCCUCACUGUCUUUGUCCUGGCACUGUAUCUGCACGCCCAGCAGGUUGAAUCGACUGCAAGGCUUGACUUCCUGUGGAAAUUACAGGCCACAGAAGAGAAAGAGGAAAUGGAGGAAUUGCAAGCCUACAAUCGUCGCCUCCUCCAUAAUAUUCUGCCUAAAGACGUAGCCGCUCACUUCUUGGCACGUGAACGGCGUAAUGAUGAGCUGUACUAUCAGUCCUGUGAGUGUGUGGCCGUCAUGUUCGCGUCCAUCAGUAAUUUCUCAGAGUUCUACGUCGAGCUGGAGGCCAAUAAUGAGGGAGUGGAGUGUCUCCGCCUGCUCAAUGAGAUAAUCGCUGACUUUGAUGAGAUUAUCAGUGAAGAGAAGUACAGGCAGCUAGAGAAAAUCAAGACCAUUGGUUCUACAUACAUGGCCGCCUCUGGUCUCAACGACUCCACAUACGACAAAGAGGGCCGUACCCAUAUUACUGCACUGGCCGAUUAUGCCAUGAGACUGAGGGAGCAGAUGAAAUACAUCAAUGAGCAUUCCUUCAACAACUUCCAGAUGAAGAUAGGUCUGAACAUUGGACCAGUGGUAGCAGGGGUUAUUGGGGCACGGAAACCUCAGUAUGACAUCUGGGGAAACACAGUCAAUGUGGCCAGUCGUAUGGACAGCACAGGUGUACCUGACCGCAUACAGGUGACUACAGACCUCUACCAGGUGCUUGCAAUUAAAGGGUACGUGUUAGAGUGCCGCGGGGUGGUAAAAGUCAAAGGUAAAGGGGAGAUGACGACCUACUUCCUCAACGACGGACCGCCCAACAGUUAGCAGCCGUGGCUACAGCAGUUACUGGGAAGAUCCCCACUGCAAGGACCCAGCACCACUGAGCGAGGACUCACAGUCUGAGCAAAUGGCUAAAAACUGAAGCCGCCAUCACUUGAAUCCCAAGCAAAGAGGACAAAAAACUUAUAAGACUUCAAAACGGAAAGUGUUCUUGAUGAGAGGAAAAUGUUCUCGUUCGACAGCCAUUUUGGCCCACGUACAUGUUGAAGGACAAGUGUUUUUCUCAUGUCUAGCCUCUCUCUCAGGCUUCUUGAAAGAUGCAACGUCUGUUUAUUUAAAACAACGCCUUUUAGCCUGUGUCAAAAGAAGAUUUAUGCUGUACAUAAGGCUACUUUUUGUUUCACUUUGUCUUUUUUUUUUCUGGUAAUUUUUAUUUCACAUGAAUUAUGAACAGGUACUCAUAUUUUAUUUCCAGAUUAAUUAUUUAUUUUGAUCUUGAUGUUUUGUGCAAAAGGUCCUUUAUGAAAAAGUGUGAAUACAUACAUGCACAAAUAUCCAGUUUAUUACACGUUUCUAAGUGUGUAUGUACAUGCAUAUUUGUGUGUGUAUGAAUAUAUGUAUAAACUGAGGAGGAAUAUAUUGACCAAAGACUAAAGUAUUUACUAAAAGCAAGGCAAGACAUGCUUGAUAUGUUCUCGUUCAAGUCAGCAAUGAUCACAACCUGUUUUUUUAGGCAGCAGGCCUGUGCCCUUUGUUUGUUUUUGCCCAAAAGCUGCCAGUAAAGGCCGCUUCAUUGUUUUCAUAAAAUAUGUACAAUUUAUUAAUUACUUUUGUCUGUUAGUCAGGCAACACAGAGCUGAUCACAUUACCUAAAUUAACAGAUUGCCCUCAGCCUCUAGGCAAAGAUGACUAAGGAUGUAAGUAAAAGGUGAUACCUUAAAAGAUAUUUUUAUGUCCAGAUUCUGAGGAGUACCGGCUCCAGUUAAGAUUAGGAUCCUCUUCAUCCUCAUUUCAUGUCAGAUUGGUUCCUUAGAGCUUGAGCAGCCCUUAUGCAGCUGGUUUCAGCCGUAACAGUAUGUCGACUGCUCCUUCCCCUUUCAGAAAAGUAUUUUUAGUGCAAAUGGAAGAUGAAGGAACAUAGAUCAACAAAUUGUUCCAGAACCAUCAGGGGGAAAACCUCGGGUUUCAGUGCGGUGGUACCACACAGACUAAUUCUUCUAUGAAGAAGAAAUAGAUGAAGGAAAGAAAUAUAUAUUGAUUUUGACUGAAUACUGUGCUUUGUAAUUCUGAAGGGGCAUAACUAUUUUCACUGUGAGGUUUUUAUGAUACAACAAAACUGCUUUCUUGCCAAACAUAACCGCUUUGAAGCAUGUCUGACUGUGGUAUCUUGUUUUCAUUUUUGUUUGUUUUAACGUAGAGUAUUUUGUAUCACUUCCGUACCCAUCAUUUGUAUAUUCUUAAUGUUGUUAUUAUUAUUAUUAUUAUUAAUUAUUAUUAUUAUGAUUCUGAUUAAUUAUUAUGCUUAUUAUGAUGAUUCCAUUCCAGUGAAAAGGAUCAAAGACCAGCACGCUUUCCUGUAAAAUGCCAGUCGUAAAGCUCAAGCUCACUGGUACCAACUGAUCAACUGCAGCCAAUGAAUUCUGCUGUUAACUCCUGAUGUACAAAAAUACAGUAUUUCAGCUGGCAAUAGGUGUGAUCAUGUAUAGUAAAUAAUAACCAUAAGCUGCCUUUGCAGCAGAACCCAAGCGGUGUAUGCUCACAUAAGCAUAGCAGUAAAUACACACAAAUACAGAUGAUUCACUGUGCUUUUUUAUUUAUGCCACUACUGCAGUAUUGUAAAUCUCAGUCAGGCUUUAAGGUGGUUUCUUCCUUCCACACAUUAAGCUUCUCAUUGGUACAAAGAACAGUACACAACCCCAUCUAUGGUGUAUGACAUGAGGAGAACAGGGCAGAAUUAGUAGGCCUACAUACAUGAUAAUUAUUACUUUUUCCCCACUCAGUCUUUCAGCAAAAAAUGGGAGCACUAACUGCUGAGUUUGAUUGCCUUAAGUUAUUAUAUAACAAAUCAUAAUAUGACACUAAACAGGAACUGUGCCUGCUUGCACUGUCUGGACUGCUGAUGCUUAGAUGAAGAGAAAGGGAUAAGGGCUUGUCAAGAGGAAAUUUCAAUAACAUUCUCAUCAUCACAAUUAUCUUUGUUUCUCCGACUUUGCUCUUUGUAAUUGGGAGAAUCAGCCCUGACUUCGCUCUUCCACCACACUCAACUCAAUGGCAACCAACAGUUGAUCAUGUUUGUACCAAAGCCAGCUCACGCAGCCUUGUGCUAUUGGUCCCUUCUGUGCAAUGAUAUUUGGCCUUGGGCAUAGUGGGAGCAUCAGAGGACAGUAAUGUAACGGAGAUCACCAACUAACACAUGAACUGUGACCAAUGAAGAGUGAUUCAUAUAAGCAAAGAAUUUAUAGAAUGGACAAGAGUUUAUAAAAUGUGCAUUGUAUGUAUUCUAUUUCUAUUGGCUGUCCAUAGACUUGUGUUGAUUGUUAACUCUUGGGAUGUUUUCGGGGAACAGGAGACAGGAAGAGGGUUUGUCCCCAUACUACUGAAACAGUGUUUUGCUCAGGCCUGAUGAAUCCUUCUGUAUUUGUUUUGUUUUAUUUGUAUUUUCCCUGAGUUGAAGGAGUUGAAGGGGGAGUGUUUUGCAAAGUUGAAGGACAAGAAGAGUUGAGGACUAUGACAAAGAGAAAAAUAACAUUUCCCCUUGAAGAAAAAAUAAAAAAAAAAUCAAUGGC